AUGCCGACUGUCACGGAACAAGGGAAAGACACGAUCAUAUUUGUCACCAAAGAAGACCAUGAAGCUCCGAGUAACGCUGAACUCGUGGAAGAAGAUCCAGACGAUCCAUAUGAGGAAAGAGGUCUGAUUCUUCCCGGGGGAGAGAUUAACUGGAACUGCCCGUGUCUGGGGGGCAUGGCCAGCGGCCCCUGCGGCUCCGAGUUUAAGGAGGCCUUCUCCUGUUUCCACUACAGCAAAGAGGAGGUGAAGGGCUCAGAGUGUCUGGACCAGUUCAGGGCCAUGCAGGAGUGUAUGCAGCGCUAUCCCGAGCUCUAUCCCCAAGAAGACGACAAGGACCCACCCAAAGAGGCUCCCAAAGCGGCUCCAGAAGCAGCUCCCGAAGCGGCUCCAGAAGCGGCUCCAGAAGCAGCUCCCGAAGCGGCUCCAGAGGAGAGCGGGACAAACUCUGCACCUGAUGGACAAAAGGACAGUGAUGCAACAGAAGCAGAAGUCAAGAGCUAA